UCAUCGAUAAGUUUGACUAUGUCUUCGCAGAGAACGGCACAGUGCAAUACAAGAACGGGCAGCUGGUAUCCAAGCAGGCCAUUCAGGACCACUUGGGGGAAGAGCUGCUGCAGGAUCUAAUCAACUUCUGUCUCAACUACAUGGCGCUGCUGAAGCUGCCCAAGAAACGAGGAACCUUCAUUGAGUUUCGCAACGGGAUGCUGAACAUCUCCCCCAUCGGACGGAGCUGCACCCCAGAGGAGCGAAUCGAGUUCUCCGAGCUAGACAAGAAAGAGCGGAUCCGGGAGAAGUUUGUGGCAGCCUUGCAGAGGGAGUUUGCUGGCAAAGGCCUGCGUUUCUCUCGAGGUGGCAUGAUCAGCUUUGACGUCUUCCCAGAGGGCUGGGACAAGCGCUACUGUCUCAACGUGCUCGAUGACGAGAGAUUUGAUACCAUCCACUUCUUUGGGAACGAGACGACCCCUGGAGGGAACGAUUAUGAAAUCUAUGACGAUCCUCGCACAGUGGGGCACAGCGUCCAGUCUCCCCAGGACACAGUCCAGCGAUGCCGUGAAAUCUUCUUUCCAGAGAGGGCAAACGAGUGCUGACUGCCAGGUCCCCACAGCCCUGCCCCGGCCCCACCUUCUCCCCUCCACCAGAAAAAGCACCUUCAUUUGAGGAAUCUGCUCAGGGUAGACCGAAAAAAACCCCACUUUCCAGAGCUGGUCGGGAUGUAAC